UGAUCCAGAUGUUUACUCCAAUACAUCGACUCCAAGAGGAAGGGCUGUCAUUAUUAAUAACGAGAUGUACAGCUGCGGCAACCUGAGAAAUCGCACAGGAACGGAUGCAGACUCAGAGACGCUGCAGAAUCUCUUGUAUCAAUUACAGUAUAGGGUCCAGGUCCACCACGACCUUUCUUCGGAGCAAAUACAUAGACUGCUGGAGCGUGAAAGCAAAAGGGAUGUUCACAAAAAGUACGACUCCUUCAUCCUGAUAAUACUGACUCAUGGGACCAAGGAAGGGAUGUGUGGGACAGAUGGAAACUUGGUGCCCUAUGACGUCAUCAAACAGUAUUUCAACAACGCUAACUGCGAAGGCUUGAGAGGAAAGCCGAAGAUUGUUAUUAUACAAUCGUGCCUUGGAAAAUUUAUGGACGAAGGGGUGCCGCUCAAACAAUUAGAUGCUCUCCCAGCAUCACUACCCCAUAUCGAAGAAAAAUGGCAGCAAAUAUCGGUUGCCGACGGGCGUCCAGCAUUAGAGGAAAACAAAGAAAAAGACUCACUGUUGUGCGUUACAGAGGAAAGGAGAGAUGCUGACUUACAGCGGGGGGAGCCAUUGGAUGAAAAACUCCCAACCAUGGCCGAUUUUCUUGUGGCUUACGCCACUACUCCAGAUUACGUAGCAAUGCGAGACACCAAAACUGGCACUUGGUUCAUCCAAGGUAUAGCGUCGGUUUUUGCCAAAUAUGCCUGCACAGAAGACGCGGUGUCUCUGUUUGGCAAGGUCAAUGCUCACAUCGCAAAGCGGCAAACACGGGGAUUGGGUAUCAAACAGGUGUCCUCGUUUGAAAGCACACUAUUGAAGAAAGUUUAUUUCUUCCCAGGCCGCUAAACAAUAGGCCUAUGAUUGUUGUUUGUGCUAUUGAUAAAGGUUAUUUUUCUGUCAGUAAAAAAGAAAACGUUCAUGUU